AUGGGGGGACUGACUCUGACCCUGCUGCUGCUGUGUCUGUCUGGGACUCUCAGUGAAGAUGCUGGAGAAGACAACCUGAAUGACAUCAUGGUACAGAUUCAGCCUGAACAGGGACAGGACAUAGAUAAUGAAUACAAGACUCACAACCAACACUCUGAACAGAGACAGGACAUAGACAAUUAA